CAACCUUUUGCACAGAUUACGGUGCUUUUGUUUCUGUCAACAUUCUAUACAGGUAAGGCCCUCCUUCUAGUGAUUGAGAUCAUUUCUUUGGUGAGCCCCACCAGGGACAAGUGAUGGAUUGAAUUCCUUAUGGUGCAGCCUACUUGAGUUCCACGUACAAUGCUUUAAUAUAUUGUAUCUUUCAUUGUGUUUCUUUCUCUAUUAUUUAAUAUACUUUAGUUUUUUAAAUGUGACAAUUCGGUAUGUUAUCUAAUGAUAGACCAAUCAACUUAGUUAAUUGAUCUGUUGCAUGUUCUUAAUUGAUUUUUUAUUUGUAUAAAUGCUCUUAAUAGUUGGUUGAGUGAUGAAUGGUACUUGUGAUUAAAAAUGUAAAUAGACAAAUUAUAAUGCCAUUGAGAUGUUGUUGCGGAUGGCGCACAGAGGUGCUUGUGGUUAUGAAAGCAAGGAUGUUGGAUUUGAACUACCGCCACCAGGUGAGUAUGUUGUUGGGAUGUUCUUCUUGCCAACACCUGAGGUUCGUCGUGAAGAAAUGAAAAUAGUAUUCAGGAAGGUGGAAGAGACAGAGCCAUUGAAAAGGCCGACACGAGUUCCAGAUGCUGUCAAGCAUCGAGGUUUCCAUGCUUAUGAAUGGGAAAGUAUUUUAUACAGGGACCUUGAUGUCCGAAUGAAUGACUAGGAAAAGGUUGCAAUGGAGUCUAGGCCAUGCCAACUGUUGAAGACCCAGUCGGCCCUUUGCAUGGAUUGUGGAACUCCCUUCUACCACCAGGUAUGAGUUGGACAUAUAAUAUAGUAUAGAAGAGUCUAACAUUUGGUAUUUUUUAGGCAUGACUCAAAUGUUUUUUUUUACGCUGUAUUUUAUUUAUUAACUGAUCUUUGUUGUCUUUUUUUUUUCAUCUACACAUGGAAGGAGAUCUUUCCAAUGUGAACCAUGUCGUGUAAUAAGACAGUUCUCCUUGUCAUGGUGUUUGCAGAUCAUUUCAGCGGAAUUGUGUUGCAAUCCCA